AGCGAUAACUCGUUGACUUUGACAGCUGUCCGACGAAGGAUGGACGAAAUGAAAUGUGACAUUGACGAGCAGGUUGUGAAAAUAUCAGAGUUUUUAAAAAGAGAGCUGAAGCCGGGUGAUGUUUGGUAUCUAGUUAGUGCCGGUUGGUUCAAACAAUGGAAAAAGUAUGUUGGUUUUAACGAUUUGGAUAAGACAUGCAAGGGAGAGCGCGACGUUUAUCCUGGACCAAUAGACAACUCAGCACUCCAGGAGGAAGUGGAGGGUGUAUUAGAAUUGAAAAACCAUUUGGUUGAAGAUUUGGAUUAUUGCCUUCUACCAAAUGACGGAUGGCAAUGUUUGGUGCAAAAUUACGGUACAUCAAACAUUUGUAAGGACACAUUACAGAGAAAAGUGAUUGAGCAAGGAAUGUUCAUAAAGCAUUGUAAAGUGGAACUUUACCUUAUGACACUCAAGCUCCAAGCUUCCAGGAAACAACAAGAAAUACAUCAUAUAAACAUGAGCAGGGUUGAUACAAUAGGGUCAUUAGCACUGGUCAUGAGGGAUUUGUUUGAUAUACCUGACGAUGUAGAAGUUCGCUUGUGGAACAAGUAUAUGUCCAACGCUUACGAACAACUGAAUAGACACGAACACACACUACAGGAGGUGGGUCUUUACUGUGGUCAAAUUGUGAUAAUAGAAGAAAGGAACAAAGACGGGACCUGGCCGAGAGGAGGGAAUGGUGAGGGUUUCAAAGUGACAGAAAAACAGAGGCGGAAAAUAAAUGAAGAAAAUGAGAAACAGAGACAAAUUGAAAUGCAAAGGAAAAGAGUAGAUGCCAGAGCACAGGGACUUGUGUUGUGUGACAACCCCAGAUGUGACAGUCCAGCUCGUCUGUACUGUGUUCCUUGUAGUGAACAGAUUUGUACUGGCUGUACAGGUUUACACAUGCUCAGAAAAUCUAAUAAAGGUCAUAACGUGGUAGAUUAUAAAGAAAAGACACAACAUGGAGAUAUAUUGUACUGUAAAACUCACGACCAAGAAAAGUGUGAGUUGUACUGCGUACAGUGCGAGAUCCCAGUUUGUUCGAAAUGCCUCUCCGGGAAAUCUCACAAAGGACACGAUUUCACAGAAACAUCAGCUCUGUUUGAUCUCAAGAGAACCUGCGUCAUAAAGGAGAGAGACAGCAUUAAAAAUCAUAUCCAGCAACUGAAGAAACAAAUGGAGGUUAUGGAUACAAAAUUGAAGGAAAGCGAACAAAAAUACAAAAAUCUUCUCACUGAGGUAGGGGUUAGAAAAGAAGAAAUGCUAAAAGCUGUAGAAAGAGCGGCCAACAACCAUCUACAGAAAAUUGGGGAUCUGAAGACCUUGGAUAUCAAUCAAAUCCAGGCCCAAAAGGAGGAACUUGCACAGCAGAUUGCAAAGGCAAAUGCUGUAUUGGAAUCCCGGGAGGGUUUGCUGAAGGGACACAGUCCCAGCGAACUGUUUUCUUUUGAAUCCAAGGCUUCAGAUCUCAAGGACAUUCCCGAAAUGAUUGUCCUGAAAGAACACAGUUUUAAGAAAGGGUCGUUAUCAACAGAGGUAAUCGAGAGUGGAUUUGGAGAAAUCGAUUAGCAUUGGAGAGGAAGUUAAUUAUACAAGUGCAGACAUAGAGUGACGCAAACUUUUUUUACUCUUUAGAAUUAACAUAGGAUUAAAAACUUUUCUUUAUUAUGAGAAAAUGCAACAUCUUCAUGCUGAUACUAAUUUCUUAUUUUACAUUGCGGAUCCAUG